AUGAAUUCAAAACGUGUCGUAAUUUUACUUACUGCAUUUCUAGCAUUAGUAAGUUGCGAAAAAGAAAGACUGUUUGAUGGUGGUACAACACCCGAGGAUCGGAUCAGUUAUAGAUCGAGACCAUUGGAAAAUAAAGGAAGAAAAAGCGUUGAGAAAUUUGCAAAGAAAUUAGACACUAACAGCGACGGGUUUGUAGAUUAUGAUGAAUUAUUUAAUUGGAUCAAUCGUUCUUUUGUUUCCGCAGACAUUCGAGAAGCUCAAGACAGAAUGCAUGAGUACGAUGUCAACGGAGACGGAUUUGUCACAUGGGAGGAGUACGUUUUAGAUGCUUUUCAGCCUAAUUUCAAAAAUGAAGGCGACGACAUUUUACAAGAGCAGGAUCGGCUGUAUUUUGAACAAGCGGACCUUGACAAGGAUGGGAAGUUGAAUCUCAAGGAAUUGACUGCAUUCCUGAGUCCGGAGAAUAACGAGCACAUGCAUGAUGUAAUUGUGAAGGUCACACUUAUGGAAAAAGACGAAAAUCACGACAACGCAAUCAGUUUAAGCGAAUAUUUGGGCGACAUUGCCGACCAGAAGAAUAGCGAAUGGUACAACAUUGAAAAGGAUAGAUUUUACAACGAAUAUGACACCGAUAAAGACGGACAAUUGACUGGUGACGAAAUCAAAAAAUGGCUGGUUCCUGGUCCGACGGUUUUCGGAGAAAGUGAAGCUAGACAUCUCAUCGAUAUGUCCGAUGAAGAUGACGACGGAAAAUUGUCUUAUGAGGAAAUCAUUAAUCAUCACUUGCUGUUCGCGAAAACCGACGCCGCUCGAGAAGGCGAUGAUCAUCCAUAUGAUCACGAAGAAUUGUAA